AUGAACUCCAAUUUUUUCAAUCAGCAAAACAGAGAUGAUAAUAAUCAGAAGAACCCAUUUUUGAACACACCUUUUGGAUCUCAGCAAAAUACAUUUGGAAGCCAAAUGAACAAGCCGAACAUCUUUGGGAGCCAGCCUCAGCAGGGAGCCUUUGGGGCACAGCAACCGGGAGGAAUGUUUAAUCCUUCAUCAUCUACAGGAUUCGGAGGAAAUGGACAGGGCUUUGGCUCACAAGGAUUUCCUAAUAAGCAAGACCAAAGUAUUGGGUUUGGUUCACAGCAACCACAGGCUCAACCAACCUCUUUGUUUGGGAAGCCCGCAAGCAUUCAGCCUAGUGGAAACACCUCAAUAUUUGGAGGCCAGAGCACUCUUCAACCAUCAACAGACCUAUUCAAGCCACAGACUGCCGUUCCUCCUUCUUCUGGGGUGUUUGGAUCACACCAAGCAAGCAAUACAUUUGGGACACAGUUUCAACCACAAACAAGUAACAUCUUUGGAGCACAGGGAGCUGGAGUUGGGCAAGUUACUAACCCAUUUACUACAUCUGCACAGAAUUCCCUUUCUGUUGGAACACAGUCUGCACCGAGUCAAGGGACGGAGUCUUCGGGAAUAGGAUCAAUUAGCGGGGUAGGAACUUCACAGCCCCUUGGAGGAAUUCCAGGCCUAAAACCCCAGGCAACACAGGCAGGAGGAAACAAUCUCCAAGCUUCAAACCCAUUUGCUAAUACAACAUCAAGCAUGGCACCAGCUACGGGAAUACAAAAUAAUUCGCCUUCGUUUGCUGCACCAAUGCAAGCUCCACAUAUUGGGAGUAACGAAACAUUCAAUUCACAAGCAUCUCCCUCUACACCAGACACCUUGGGCCAGGCACUUGAGACAAAGGACUCAAGCUCUUCUGGCAGAAAGGCCAGAACACCUGCUUCUGUUUUCAAUCAGCCUGUAGGAGAGAAGGGUGUGAGCUUCAUACAAAUGACACUUGGAGAGAUUAUACAACAGCAGACAAGAAAGCUCGAAGAAAACAUAAGGGUCUUCAAAGAGAAGGCAAAGGAGGUUUUCGAGCAGGACGAAAGAAUAAUCAGAUCAUUGAACAACUAUAAGUUAAUAAGAAACAAAAUUGAAGAGGAAGAGCGUGUAAUUGCAGAAACAGAAGAGAAUGUGGACUUUUUUGAAAAGUGGCUGUGCAGCUUCCAGGAAGAGGUUCCUGAGGGGACUGGAGACGAGCUUCUAACAUGUAUUCGAGAAUUCGAAAGAGUGUGCGACAAAUAUAACAAGACUAUUGAAACUCUCAAGGACGAAGAAGAUGAAGUUAUGUGUCUAGUUAACGAAAAUUAUAAUCUCAUAACCACUAUCGAGGAGAAGCUUGAACUUCUUGAGAAGUACUAA